GAGAUCUAUCCUUACAAAAUAACUUCACUUUGUAGGCCAAACUCCAAAGUGAUUAUGGGACCGACGCAAUUUUAACCAAUGUUGAUAAUUUCCCCAUUUAAAAAGCGAAAGGAUCCACUAAUCCUGUGACACUUUGACGCAUUCCAACAUUUCCUUCCAAGGUUCACUUUCGUAUUCCAUUGUCUUUCUCCAAAUAUCCACGGAAAAGUCUUAAAGGUGGAAGAAAAAUCAAUGGAGGCCGAAGCUUCAUCGUUCGAGUGCAGUGAGAUGUUAGCAACACUGCUGGCUUCAACACCGUUGCUCGAGGAGUCAUGGAAGCUCUGCGGUCAAGCCAACGCCGAAGCUCCGCAAAGUUAUGGCACAAAGCAGAUGGGGCAUGUGACCUACAUAGCCUUUUCAGGGAUCCAAAUGCUUGCAGGGUUGGAUCCCAGUUGCAGCAAUUUGGUGCCGAUUGAAAGCUCUGCUAAUGGGCUGUUUUCCUCCUUGCACCGUCAUGGAGAAGGUGAAGAGCCAGUUAUGGUUCAUGCUGGAUUGCUACAUCUCUUCUUGUCCUUCUACAGCUCCCCAAUUUUCCAGAACCAGGUUUGCAAUGGUUUAAGAAUUCAAAUUCAAUUCAUUUUGGCUUUGAAACGAAGACGUUUAGGAUGAGAGGAGACUCACACAUGAGGCUAGGGUAUUGCUAGGUCGGUCCGGUGGUCGUGCGGUUGCCGGCGGAACCGUACUAAUAGGUUGAAGGUUUGGAUAGAACGUAAUGGUUCAGUACGAUCUGAGCCAUCAAUUCAAAUUUUUUAAAAUUUUAAAAAAAAUUUAAUGGACGACUCAGAUUGGACCGAGUUGAUGCAAUCUCCUCUGAGUCAUCGAUCAAUUUCACCAUUUUGCACCAAGCAACUUAACUUAGUGUAGUUCUGAGAUUUCGCCUAUCAAUAUAUAGCUAAAUUGCAUGUUU